AUGGAGACCCUUUACCAAUACUCAAUCUGCCAAGAAGAACAAAACCAUGCUUUCCCCAAUACCCAGUUGCUCUCCUGCGACUGUUUCAUCUUUAACCUCCACUUCACUCAUCAGCUUCAAUUGUACUACCCCCAAGAUUUGUUCAUACCCUUGAACUCAAUCCAAGAAUCCUUCUUUGUACCCUGUAACGUGUUUUUCACACAUACCCAUGACACCAUCAACACCAUUCUCUCUGGGACAGGUGUCUCCCUGGACUUCAUUCAGGCUUUGGUCCCUCAAGUUUACUCCUUUGCUUUGGAGAUUGCCACUGAGUUUGAAAAUGGGGACCCUGAUGAGCCUAAAGCGGUCCCUUUGAAUUUGGGUGUUGUGGCUGUCACGCCCUAUGAUGACCAUGACCAGAUUGAAAGGGCUAUUUGGGAAUCUGGGCAGGUUUUUAAUCCGGUUCCGGCCACCAGGUCGUCUAUUGCGGCAUUGAAGAAGGUCAAGGUUGAGAAUUUGAGUGUGGUGAAUGAAUGUAGUAUCUGUUUGGAGGAGUUUUCCACUGGGUUGGAGGUUAUACGCAUGCCCUGCUCCCAUGUUUAUCAUAAGGAUUGCAUUGUUGAGUGGUUGAAGAGGAGUCACUUGUGCCCGUUGUGCCGGUUUUCGAUGCCAACUUGA